CUCAAUGCAGUUUUCCAGCUGCUCUAACAGGUUUAAAUAAUAAGAAGACCAACGUGGACCAAUGAGAAGAUGGAUGCGGGUAGCGUCAGAAGUGAAAGCGCAUGCCUGCAUCUUGUCACUGAAACAGGCAGCAUGAAGCUGAUAUCCAGCAGUGCUCGAGGAGCUCCAUUCAGCUGCUUAACCCUGGCUUUUCUCUUGUUGCUGCAUUGCUGUCACAUAGACAACAUUCUCAGCCAAAAGUCUGACUCUGCCUUAGCUGUGGUGGAGAAUACAGAAGGAGAAGAGGGAGCAGGAGGAGAAGAAGGAGAGAAGUUGAUGUCUGAAGAAGAUGAAGGAGAAUUCAAUGUGGUCCAACCUACUGAAGAGUGGCAAACACUCAAACCAGGUCAGGCAGUGCCAGCAGGCUCCCAUGUCAGGCUGAACCUGCAGAGCGGUCAGAGGGAGGUGAGAGCGGGAGCAGAGCAGCUUAAACACUGGACACAGGAUCACAGAGAGACCGGAGAUGUCCAGUCCUCCAUCAGUCCUGAUGAGCUGAAACGGGCCAUGGCAAAGAUAAAGGAGGACCUGAAGCCAGCGAUCACAGACACGGACCAACAGGACUCUGUGGCAUCCAAGUACCGUCCCCUGGAGGAGUUGAAGAGAGACAUGGCUCAGCUGGACCUGCUGGUGCAGACGGAUGUUCAGAUAAUGAAGCGCCUGCUGGACCAGUUCUACAGCAGCGACUCGACUACAGAGCAGAGGCUGAGCAUCCUGCUGGAGCUGGAAUAUCUGGUGCAUCAGGUGGAUAACGCUCAGAGUCUGUGUUCCAUGGGGGGUCUGCAGCUCAUUGUAGGGACUCUGAACAGCUCUGACUUCAGAUUACAGGAAAGCUCUGCCUUUGUCCUUGGAUCUGCUGUGUCCAGUAACCCGGGGGUUCAGGUGAAGGCUAUGGAGAGUGGAGCUCUGCAGACGCUCCUAACCAUACUGGCCACUGCACAGCCACUUCGAGUCAAAAAGAAGGUUCUCUUUGCUGUGGCGUCCCUCUUACGUAACUUCCCCUACGCACAGCGCCACUUCCUGUCACAUGGAGGGCUGCAGGUCCUAUCAGAGCUGUUCAGGGCGGAUAGAGGUGGAGUUCUGCGCACUCGUAUUGUUACCAUGUUAUAUGACAUGAUCAGUGAGAAGGAGCUGAUCUCUCAGGCAGGUCUGGAUCCAGUGCUGGAUGCCUCCCUUGAGGAGCGUGUGCGUCAGUACUCUCAGGUGCUUCUGCGGGAGGAGCUGCUGGAGAAGGGCUGGUGCAGUCUGAUCCCACAGCUGCUGGACUCCACUGAGCACGACUACAGAGAAAAGGCUCUGCGGGCCUUGCUGGUGAUGGCUCCUGUGUGUGUGGAUCAGUACCGCUCACACAGCUCUCUGCUGGCCUCUCUGCUCUCUCUCAGAGAACAGUACCAGGAAAUGGUCCAGUCACAAAUGAUCAUAGGAGAGGAGAACGGAUACUUUGCAGAAAUUGUAGAACUUAUAAAUGCUCUACAAGUCAAACUGAAAUGAUAACAACCAUGACCAACCACAGAAGGACAAACUCUUCAUGACAAGAAUCUACUGCAUGCAAUUCAACAACACACAAAUGUUGUGCCUCAUCAGCCUUAGAUCCUUUUGUGGACGGGGGUUGGGAUCAGCAUAAAGAUUUAUUUUUCUAGGGUUGUCAUUGUGAAGUAUUUGACUUGUUUUCAGAAUUUAGGAAUAAAUGAAUUACUUAAAAAUGA